UGAGAUAGAAUCUUCUACUUUGACCCCUCCGCUCCAAAUAUUUGAAUUGGACUCGUCUCUUCCUCUCUAACAUCAGCAAUGGCGUCUCCUUAAACAUCAAAACAUGGAAAAAAUUCAAUCUUUAUCCACAUGAAAGUAAAUUCUUUUCUCUCCCUCUCUUUCUCUCUCGUUCUCUAAACAAAUGCCAAGCGUAAUCGCUAAACUUUAUAGCGUUUUCUUCAAAUAUCAACAAAAAAGCCUUCUGCAGAGCUUAUCACAGCUUCCUUUCAGCGAUAAAACUGACUCUUUUGGCUUAACUUCUCGGCCCCAUGAAUCUAUCGCCUCCAGCAACCCUUUAUUUACUGACGGUGUCGCUACCAAGGACAUCCACGUCGACCCCUUUUCUUCUCUUUCUCUCCGGAUCUUCCUCCCUGAAACCGCUCUCGCUUCUCCAUUAGCUACUCGUCGAGAUUACGAUGUACCCACUUAUGGAGGAUAUUCUCCGCCGACGAGUAAGUUCAACAGGAAGUUGCCUGUAAUGUUGCAGUUUCACGGAGGUGGGUUUGUAAGUGGGAGCAAUGAUUCGGUGGCAAACGAUACUUUUUGCAGGAGGAUAGCCAAAUUGUGCGACGUAAUUGUUGUUGCUGUUGGGUAUAGAUUGGCACCAGAGAGUAGAUACCCAGCUGCGUUUGAAGAUGGCCUCACAGUUUUGAAUUGGCUGGCCAAACAGGCGAAUUUGGAUUCUUGUAGGAGAUUGGGUCUUCAAAAUCGCAUUUUUGAUAGCUUUGGCGCUUCCAUGGUUGAGCCUUGGCUUGCAGCUCAUGGAGAUCCUUCCAGGUGUGUAUUACUUGGGGUGAGCUCUGGUGCAAAUAUAGCCGAUUAUGUGGCACGAAAGUCUGUAGAGGCAGGCAAGCUAUUGGAUCCUGUUAAGGUUGUGGCACAAGUACUAAUGUACCCUUUCUUCAUUGGAAAUACGCCCACACGUUCUGAAGUUAAGCUGGCAAACUCAUACUUCUAUGAUAAGUCUAUGUGCAAACUGGCAUGGAAGCUCUUCCUACCUGAAGAAGAAUUCGACCUAGAUCAUCCAGCUGCUAAUCCUCUUCUCCGUGGGAGACAACCACCUCUUAAGUACAUGCCACCGUCGCUAAUAGUUGUGGCAGAAAAUGACUUUAUGCGAGACCGGGCCAUUGCUUACUCGGAAGAACUACGAAAAGUUAAUGUGGAUGCGCCCCUUCUUGAUUAUAAGGAUGCUGUGCAUGAGUUUGCUACACUUGAUGUGCUGCUCCACACGCCGCAGGCCAAAGCAUGUGCAGAGGAUAUCUCUAUAUGGGUGAAGAAGUAUGUAUCCCUCAGAGGCAAUGAGUUCUCUUACUGAAUGAAUUGGAAAAGAAGAAACAGAUCUUUCAUUGGUGUAGAAGCAGUGUUACCCCUUUGUCAUUUACGAUGGUGGAGAGAAGGAGCAUUCUUGUACAUAUGCUGAGGUCAUAGCUUCCAGCCAAGUUUUCCAUUAGUUAAUAUUUAUGUGAGGAAUUCUUUCCUUUCUUGUAAGGUAUAUAGCAUUUGCCAGAGGUUAGAAUUUUCAGGAAUUAUAGAUGCUUGUUUCCUUCUUAAAUAUACUAAAAACAUUCUUUGUUCGACUCUUCAUUUCAUUGUUUA